AUGCUGUAUUUUGUUGUGCGAGGACUCAACCUCACCACCACCACCACCACCACCACCACCGCUCAAGUUCAUUUAAUUCGAAGAUUACGCAAACUGACUGGUACGAACGCAUUUAGCCACCUCCGUGCCACCGGUGGUGAGGUCGGUUCUUCGGCAACCCUCGCUCCCAAGAUCGGUCCUCUCGGUCUGUCCCCGAAGAAGGUCGGUGAAGAUAUCGCAAAGGCCACUGGCGACUGGAAAGGUCUCCGUGUCACCAUCAAGCUCACCAUCCAAAACCGACAAGCCGCCGUGUCGGUCGUCCCCUCUGCGUCUUCCCUCGUCAUCAGAGCCCUCAAGGAGCCCCCCCGUGACCGGAAGAAGGAGAAGAACAUCAAGCACAGCAAGUCGAUCCCUCUCGAGGAGAUCUUCGACAUUGCACGGACCAUGCGCGGUGCCAACAAGUCCCUCGCCCGUGAGCUCAAGGGGACGGUCUUGGAGAUCCUCGGAACCGCAUUCAGCGUCGGUUGCCAGGUCGAUGGCCGAUCGCCCAAGGAGAUCAGCGACGAGAUCAAGGAGGGCAACAUCGAGGUUCCCGAGGAGUAG